UCCCCUAGUUCGGCCUACAAGAAGGAAAUAAAGUUACAAAGCAAAACGAAAAAAACAUUGAUAACAAAAUUCAAAAGGACUAAAAGAUUUAAAGUAAAAUAUUUUUUUUAAAUUUAAGCACACUUCUAUUUCAGUUGUACUUAGGGUAAAAUAUUAUUUUCCUUACAGCUCUGAUAACAAUUUAUUCCAGAAGACAAUUCGGUUAGUACAUUAAAAAAGCACAAAAAAUGCCACAUGUUACCACAACCUAGUCAUAUUCACCAAUAAGAAGAAAACUUUUUAGUUUUUGCUUGUGCUCCAACCUAGUGAAGUCGGGAAAGAAGAAAAAUCAGUUAUAUUCCUUCGACAAGUAUAACUGACCUUUCACCUUGCGCGUGCAUUGAAUUUCAUUUGCUCGUCUUCCGCUUACAUGUCCUCAUUUUUCUGCUUGUUUACAACUGGAUUUUUUAUUUCUUUAUUUCCGUACUCUGCUCCAGACCCGAACUCAUGGUGUAACCACAGAUGUCGCCCCUUCUCUACAUUAAAUGUACUUUAACAAAAACUUAAACCUAUUCGCAUCUCGUUUUAUCCAAUAAAGAAACGAACAAAGAUCUUUCUUCGUGAUCUUAUAAAUAAAUCGAACAAAUAUUACGGUAACAGACUUGUUUACUAAAUGUCUGUUUUGUUGAUUUAAUAAUCUAAGCUUAAGAGACAACUUAAAAAAAUACAAGUUUAAAAAAGUAGCAACUGAAUCGAAAUCUUUCCUUUUGAAAUUUUUUUCUAUCGUUAUUGAAUGCGAACAAUCAAGGUUUUGGUUUCUUUUUUCUGUGGAUCAUUCUGAGAAUCGGAUCGGUUAAGGGCAACGCCUGUUUAUGAAAAGGUUUGGGCGAGGACAGCAAUUCUGGUCUACGGGGAACAUGAGCAAACGAAGUUUAUUUUAUUUUUUAUUUUUUUAUUUUUUAGCGCAUGCACAAAGUGGAUGGACUUUCUGUAUGGACUGACAAGACUUUGACCAGUGGACAGUUCGUCGUGUGUCGUGUCUGUCUACACACUUGCUGCUCAUCUCUGAAGAGCCGAGGAAUGUCGGUGCCGUGACCAGGGGAGGAUCUGUGCGAGUAGUAAGAAGAAAGCCCGACAUUCAUUCACUUUGUGAGCAGUGUUCAGUGAAGAAAAGAUCGGUUUCUCAUCCUGAGGAAAGCGGAGGCUGCAGAUGCUGAUGUCGACAGAACUGGACAUCUACAAGGGAGACGACUGCCAACCAUGACUAGUCCAGCGUCAGGACAGACAUCAUUGUCAUCACAAGCUCAGGAAUUCUGGAUACAAUGGGUUGAGGACGCCUUCCUGACCUCGACUCUCGCGCCUACUUCCUGCCUCCUGUCUACUUCAACCGCGUGCCAUGACUAGACGGUCCAUUUUUGGCCACCAUGUGCUUGUCCCUCAGACACCACCUGGGGAGGAUGGCCAAGCCUGUCCCAAGCCUGCUAAAGUUCAGGAGAGUGACAUUAGAGACGAUACAGCCAUGCAGCGGGUUCUCUUCUGUCUUCAGAGGUUGUCAGAGAAAACAAAGGAAGUUUUUGUUGGAAUCAGUCAGCUUCAGUUCGGACAGUACCUGAGGGAACCUUGUUACGCUGCCGCUGCUAAAUACCUACCCCGAUCCGACAACCUUUCUCCUGAUCGGCCACGGAAUCGGAAAGAGGGAGACUUUGAUGUUCUUCUUAUUCACCGACAUUACGGGUUGGUCAUCUGUGAGGUGAAAGCUUUUGGUGACAACGUGAACGAAAUUAACAUGUCACAGCAGGACAUAGACAAAAACAUUAGGAAGAAACUAAAAGACGCCAUGACACAGCUGGACAAGGCGGAGGCCAUGUUGUCUCACCUGGUGUCCGACAUCGCUCCUGGUCUGAGAAUCUCUAAGACGAUCGCCGUCCCUAACCUCACGAGGCACCAGGUACAACAGGCUGUCUCUGAAGACUUAGAACUGACACAGGCCCUGUGUCAGUGUCUGGGAACAAAAGAACCUGCGGACAUCACUGGUCUGUGUCUCUGCUCUGAUCAGAUGUCUGACCGCAGGAUACCAGGUGAUGUCAGUAGCGAUGUUCUAAGGGAGAUGGAGAACUGGUGGCAGCGACGUGUGACUGAGGCUGGACCUGAUAGUCACAUGACCUGUCACGUGUACAAGACAUUAGUAGCACGGUUCUGUGGUCCGGCGACAACAGUGACUGUCCCAUGCACAUGUCCUCCACGUGUGAGUGUCAAGACCCUGGGUCAGGCCGUGUCGUGGACAGGAGAGGUCUACACCGCGCAAAUAACAUUAUUCCCAGAACAAGUCGACCUGCUGAACAGGGCGCCUCUCAGACUCUUUGUGGCCGGUCCACCUGGCACAGGUAAGACUGUGGUGCUGCUGCUGAUGGGCAUAAGAAUGGCUGAGAUGUGGCCACGAUGUCUACAUUGUGAGCACCUGUUGGGAGAGUCGUGCAGCGUGCAUCAUGCUGCACCACGUGCUGCGGCAAAGGUUGGAGGAGCCGCUGACUGGAGCAGCACCUGGUCAGCUUCACCUCCUGCAGUCUGAUCAAACACGGGAUGAAGAGGUGGAGAAGGGUCGUCAAUGACUUGUCGCAUGCGGCGAGGGGAGAGUCGUUGUACGUCCUCGCUGAUGAAGUGUAAGUUGUUCAUCGUGUGAUGUGGUGAUUGAUAAACACGCUGAUGUCACAAACAUGAACAUGUCGCUUACUAGCCAGUAGACAUUGUAACACGUGUAUGUCCAUCCUCUGUAACACAGGGGAGGCAAGUUCCAAACUUUCUGUGGCCAGCUGCUGACACAAGUUCCACAUCUCCAUCUUUGGGCGGCAAAUUGUUUCCAUGGAUACGCAUCUGCCGGCUGGGAAGUGGAAUAUUUAGCCAGGCCCCUCCGCUCUCCACCCGCCGUCGUCAGGGAAGUGGAGCAGGACGACUUCAUCAAUGACCGUCGUGUCCACGCGUACAGUGAGCGAGGUGUGCCCGACCACACAGACGGCCCGCCAGUCAGACAGGUGUGUCACCGAGGUCAGGGUCACUCGGGUGACUGGCCAGCUGACUGUGUCACGUGCGGUCGUGAGGUGGCCAGCUUCCUACACAGUCUCCGUGAUAGUGUCCCGGGUAGGUGUAGGUAUUGUGUAGUCUACGUCUGAACCCAAAAUAUGAGUGUGAUUCUGUAUUAUAUAAACUAUAUGUCAUCAUCAUCAUCA